AGAUGGACCCGCAGCGCCGCUAACAAAGACCCCGGCCAGGCGCCCGCCCAGACGCCGCUCCCGCCGCCAGCAGCCCCCGCUCGGGUUUGCCCUUCUGCCGCGGACGGUGGGGUGCGGGGGGGGUCUCGGUCUUUUCUCCUUUCCCGGGGGGAGCCCCGCUCGCCUCUGGCCGCAGCCCCCCCCCCCACCUCCCCAUGCCUUGCUGAGACGCGGCGAAGCCCACCCGGGGGGCGGGUGGGGGGGAGAAGGAAGGACCCCCUUCCGCGCGAUGGGCGCCCCCACCUUGCCCCCCGCCGCCGGAGAGGGGCUUCCGCCUCGGUAGGGUCACCUUUCACGUGGAUCGAGGACUGGUGCAGAUAAGACUUGGGUGUCCCCUCCUCCCCCUCCGGAAAAUACUCACAUCAUCUCUAGGCGCCCCCAGAUUUACCUUCCUGUUUUUCGAAGAAUAUCUUCCUACCCGCUUUUCCCUUUGAAAAAAGCCAUUCCCCCACCCCAAGCCCAGAAAAGAAAAAAAAGGCUUGCAUCCUAAUCGUUUGCUCUGCAGAGAUCAAUACCUCCUUCCAGAACUCCAGUUAAUAGCCACACUUUAGGGGGAUUUCUCAGACACCUCUAGAUUGCUUCAAAACACCCCAAAUCCUGAAAGGACGUCUGAUUCCUGAAAGAUAGCUGCCCCCUCCCUCUUCACUGUACUAUUACAAAAGGAGACUGGGCCCCCUUCCUUGCAUUCUUGAGAAAGUUUCCCCAAAAGUGAUCCCCCCCAUCACCUGAGGCACCCCUUUCUCAACUGUGCAGGUUUCUUUCAUAGCUCCUUUUGUAACAGUAAAGGGACCCCACAGUAUUUUUUUAACUUUUCUCAUCUCUGCAGACACCAUUUAAGAUCUUAAUGGUUUUUGAGACUUCUGCUCAUUUUGGUGGCCCCUAAAAUUUAUGUAUUGCACCCCUGAAUGUUCCUACCUUGUUAGAAAGACCCCUCUCCUAAUAUCUUGAAGCGCACCUUCAAAAUUGACUCCUCCUUCCCCAGUUCCUGGAAAUACCUCACUUAAAUUUCAACUUGCCCUAAGUUAUUCCUCAAAAUCACCCUUAAUGUCUACGGGAUUCCCCCCAAAUCUAACAGGGGGAAGACUGGGCUCUCAACAUUUCUGAACAGCCCAGAAUUUGCAUUAGCUUGUGAAGAAAUUAUAAUAAUAGAACAACAACAACAGUUGCUUCCCUAAAUCUCAAUUAUAUGUUGAGAUAAAAGUUAUGUGCUUUUCUACUUGGUAUUGGAUACUUCUAAGCAGUCCUAAUGCCAUAAGAUACUUGAUUUAAAAGCCAGUAAUUCUUCCAGUUUCUCAUAUUAACAGAGUGACUCUAUCCAGUGCUUUUACUCUCUCUGCAAACCUUUACAUCCCCAAAUAUAUUUUGAUCUUUGACCAGUUAACCCUUUUUGUUUGAUUCAAGUGUUCUAAACUUUGAAGACCAUCCUAAAGAAAACAUCCAAGUUCCCUAUACGUAUUGCUCAGUGUUCCACCUUCAACUUAGAGGGAAGUAAAUUAGAUAGCGAUGGUUUCCAGCUACUAAAUCACCCCAAUUUUCAACAGAGUGUACCCAAGGUAGAUACAGGAGAGCUUUCAAAUUGUCUGUAUAACACCCCAGAGUCUGAGUUUCCUGCAAUUUCCAGCCACUGUGUAGAGCCUUCCACAUUCAAGGUAUCCCAGAACACAUCCUUGCUUUCUAAAACACUGGAAGCUUACAGAACCCUUUGGGCUGAGUGCAUACCACUAUAAAGAGCAUCCCCCAGUAGAUUCUUGGACACCCCUAAACCCUCUGAGUCUCCAAUUUCACAGGCAUUGCUUCUUCACUAGUCACUCACAAAGAUUCCCACAGCUCAGACCUCCUAGUUUUCUAAAGAACACCUUGGACUCCCAAUUUUAUCCCAGAAGCCCAUCACACAUCGGAUUCCCAAAACAACCUGUCUUUGCUCCAAACAAUCAACUCUCCCCAAAUCAUACUCUCCAUCCUGUCCAAUGGCUUUUCAGGACCCCAAUCACCCCCUCCAAGCUCAGCUUUGUAGCAAUGUUUUUGGUGCACUUACUGGGUUAAUACAGCCCCCUUUAGCAGCUGGGCUAGGCGGGGGCCAGAAAUAUUAUUGCAAUAAUGGAGUACAGAUAGUUUCCCCCCAGCAACAGCAGACAGCACCCAACAAUGCAGUGAUGGUGGAACCAGAACCGGACCGGCCUAUUGGUUAUGGUGCAUUUGGUGUAGUAUGGUCAGUGACAGAUCCCCGGGACGGCUCACGUGUUGCACUCAAAAAGAUGCCCAAUGUUUUCCAGAACUUGGUCUCUUGCAAACGGGUCUUCAGAGAGUUGAGAAUGCUCUGUUACUUCAAGCACGACAAUGUCCUGUCUGCACUGGACAUUCUCCAGCCACCACAAAUCGACUGUUUUGAGGAGAUCUAUGUCAUCACUGAGUUGAUGCAAAGUGACCUUCACAAAGUCAUCGUCUCUCCACAACCACUCAGUGCUGAUCACAUCAAGGUCUUUCUAUAUCAGAUCCUCAGGGGGCUGAAGUAUUUGCACUCUGCUGGUGUCCUUCACCGGGACAUCAAACCUGGGAACUUGCUGGUCAACAGCAAUUGUGUUCUGAAGAUCUGUGACUUUGGUUUGGCUCGGGUAGAGGAGCCGGAUGAGUCCCAGCACAUGACUCAAGAGGUGGUAACUCAGUACUACCGGGCACCCGAAAUCCUGAUGGGCUCCAGGCACUACGGACGUCCAAUCGACAUCUGGUCUGUGGGCUGUAUCUUUGCUGAACUCCUUGGCAGGCGUAUCCUCUUCCAGGCCCAGAGCCCUAUUCAGCAGCUGGACCUGAUCACAGAUCUGCUGGGGACGCCUCCUGUGGCUGCCCUCCACUCGGCCUGUGAGGGGGCCCGGGCCCACGUACUGCGUGGCAGUCACAAGCCGCCUUCCUUGUCGGUGCUGUACAUGCUCUCAGGAGAAGCCACCCACGAGGCUGUCCACUUGCUCUGCCGGAUGUUGGUCUUCGACCCGGCCCAGCGGAUCUCCGCGAAGGACGCGCUGUCUCACCCCUACCUGGACGAGGGCCGGCUGCGCUACCACACCUGCAUGUGCUCCUGCUGCUUUUCCGUCUCCUCAGGCCGCGUCUACACCAGCGACUUUGAGCCCCGGGCUGACCCCAAGUUUGAUGGCUCUUAUGAGAAGAACCUCACCUCCGUCUGGCAGGUCAAAGAAUUGGUGCAUCGGUUUAUCCUGGACCAGCAGCGGGGGAAACGAGUUCCCCUCUGUAUCAACCCCCAGUCGGCUGCCUUCAAAACCUUCAUCCGUUCCACAGCAUGGCACUCCUCCAAAGUCUCCAAAAAGGAAGAAAGAUGAAGGCACCUGUUGGGCAGCUGUGGGGAAAGGAAGGAGGAGGGAAUGAGAGAAGAGCAAGCAAAUCAGCCUCUCCAAUAGGAGACAGAGAAAAAGGCAAAGAGAAGAAAAAGGGAGCCACUCUUCUUAAUCUUGCACUCUUGAAUCUUUUGACUCAUGGACAGACAUUUGGGGUGGGGACGGGGAAAUGUCUGUGUCUUUUUUUAAUUAAUGUUAUUAUUUGUGGGGGUAGGGUUGGAAAGGGAUUAAUUUUUGCAUUGAUCGAUGUCUUUCCCCUCCACCUUUACUGUUCUGCACUGGAAAACCCUUUAGGUUGUAGUUAUCCUCCUUGUGCAACCCUUUCCACUUUCACUCCCCCAACCGCCCCCCCCCCCGCACUGUUCCUUAGCACUCCUCUGUUGUCCCUCUCGUGGCCGAGUUUUCCUUUCUUCCAUAAUCCUGUGCCUGGGGCUGCAUCUUGCCACCCCAGCAGGGCAAGUGACACUGGAGUGAGUUUGCUUUCCUGAAUAUAUUUUGACUUUGUUUCUGGUCCAGCCCCCACUAUCCAGUCUCCUUCUGGUGUCCUUUUGAAUUCUUAGAAACAAUGAAUACCUCUUUUCCUUCCUCGGCCAUCGUGUCUCCUCUCUCUGCAAGGUGCCCUCAUACGUGGUAGCGUUUCCUAGGUCCUUUGCGAUGCUGCAAAGAAGACUGGGGGAAGGGAGAAGUGGUACCCAGUUUCCAGACCUAUAUCCAUUCAGUUUCAAUAGCCAGAGAUGUUGGGAAUAUAGGAAGCUGCCUUACACCACAGCAGACCUUGGUCCAUCUGCCCCAGUCUGGUCAGCCCCUACAGACAGCAACCAUCCAGGGUUUCAAGCAGGGUUCUUUCCUUGUCCUACCUGGAGAUGUCAGAAUUCGCAUCAGGGACCGUCUGCAUGCCAAGCAUGAGUUCUACCACGGAGCCACAGCCCCUCCCAGCUAAACUGCUCCCUUCUCCCCCCCCCACCAACUAUGCACGUUGCAUUUCUGCCACUCCCUGCAGCCAUAAAAGAGGGCUCGGGAAACAAGAACGUUGAAUGAAAUUUUGCAAAUGGCAGGAAACAACCCUUGGGAGGACGCAGGUUGAAUUGGGCCUGGUGGGGUGCUUUACCCUUUGCUCAUCCACCUCUCCGGUGCUCCACAUGCCACCCCCAACCCUGUAGCCUCCACAGAAGCCCAGCAGAAAAAUGGCUGACGGGGGGAAGCCGCCCACAAACCGGCUGCCAAGUUUCUGCUCCAGUUGCCAUUUCUGAAGGUGGACCUGGAGCAGCAGGGUGAGUGGGGAAGCACUGUUUGGUUUUCAUGGAAAAUUCAGUCAGGCCAUUGGAGGUCCCAAAAGUCGCCUCUUUCUGCCGCCCUGUUUUCUGACUCCCCAACCCACAGCCAGACAAACUUUCCCAUUCUUAGCACUCAUCAGUUAAGUUUAUUCCUUCAUUAUUUUCAGAUCCCCUCAAAAAUAUCUACCUCUUUUCUCCUAACAUUUUUGUAUGCUAUUUUGUUUCUGUUUUUAUUUUGCCUGAAUUUUGUUUUCUCUGUGUGUAUGUGUUACUUCUGCUGGUGGGUGUUUCCCUUUUGUCGGUUGCCUUUAUUUAUGUUUACAGCAGUUUUUAUAUACUUGUUCAAAUCCUGAGCGUGCGCGCGCGUGUGAGUAAAUAUUUUUCUCCUAAUCCCUGAAAAAAGACCCUCCCCAACCAACAACCUGGAAACUUGAAUUGUCUUGGCUGUAAUAAUCCCCCUAUCCCCUAAUUUAAUUGUGCUCCAUGGUAGUUGAAUUAAAUUUAUGCUGUGUAUUUUU